GGGCUGUGGGUGCACCUGUGGGGCAGGAGCGGCGAGUUCACGCCCCGGUGGGUGCGGUUAGCCGCCAGACCGGGCUCGGGGCUGAGGCUAGCCUCCAGGAGGGGCCCCGAGAGAGGUCGGGGGCGGGCCUGAUUGGCCUCUGUCCUCAGAGCGGGAUGCAGUGACGGCCCUGAGCGACCAUGGCAGCGGCAGACGAGCUGGCCUUCCACGAGUUCGAGGAAGCUACUAAUCUGCUGGCCCAGACCCCAAAUGAGGCCACCACCAGAGGUGAUCAGCUGGUUCCCCAGCAGCACGUGGCUGUGGCCGUGGACUCAAGUGGCAGCUACGGAGCUGAGGACGAGGUGGAGGAGAGUGACAAGACCGCGCUCCUACAGGAGGAGAAGCAGCAGCCUGGUUUCUGGACCUUUAGCUACUAUCAGAGCUUCUUUGACGUGGACACCUCACAGGUCCUGGACCGGAUCAAAGGCUCGCUGCUGCCCCGGCCCGGCCACAACUUUGUACGGCACCAUCUGCGGAAUCGGCCAGACCUGUAUGGCCCCUUCUGGAUCUGUGCCACACUGGCCUUUGUCUUGGCCGUCACCGGCAACCUGACCCUGGUGCUGGCCCAGAGGAGGGACCCCUCCAUCCACUACAGCCCCCAGUUCCACAAAGUGACUGUGGCCGGCACCGCCAUCUACUGCUACGCGUGGCUCGUGCCGCUGGCGCUGUGGGGCUUCCUGCAGUGGCGCAAGGGUGUCCGGGAGCGCAUGGGGCCUUACACCUUCCUGGAGACGGUGUGCGUCUAUGGCUACUCCCUCUUUGUCUUCAUCCCCACUGUGGUCCUGUGGCUCAUCCCUGUCCCAUGGCUGCAGUGGCUCUCCGGGGCCCUGGCCCUGGCCCUGUCAGCCGCGGGCCUGGUGUUCACCCUCUGGCCCGUCGUCCGUGAGGACACCCGGUUGGCGGCUGUGCUGCUGCUCUCCGUGGUGGUGCUGCUCCACGCCCUCCUGGCCACGGGCUGUAAGUUUUACUUCUUCCAGCCGCUACCUCUGGAGCCCGCAGCACCUCCCCACCAGGCCACAUCUCAGCCCCCAACCGUACUACUGUCACCGCCCCCGCCAAGGUCCGCAGCAGCCUAGGAAGACUGGAGCCCGCAGGAGUUUCUCUCUUUCAGGCCCAACAUAAGGGGGUGCCUCUGCCUGCCCUGCCCCCCAGACGGUGACUGAAGGCUCCCCUGAGACCUCGAGAUGAUUUUGCUACUUUCCAGACUUUUCUUACAAAGCAAACACUUUUAUUUUCUAUGCAAAGGUGAUUCAAAGAAUUUAUAUAAAGGCGGGAGAGGGGCAGAACAGGGAGCUUCCAGGGCAGCCAUUGCCCCACAGGCCACCUGCCAGGAUGGGCGGGCAGCACAGGGGGCCACCCCAGCCUCGGCUGUGCCUGCUCUUCCUGGGGGGCCCAGUUAGUGGGCCUUGGGCCUAGCCUGAGCUCCACCACAUCCGAGUUUGGGGGUGUUAGAAACGGGGAGCAGAAGUAGAAGAAAAUUGCCUGUGCUGAAACAUACAUUUCCUUGUUUAUUAGGUUUUUUUUUUCUUUUUUUUUUUUGGAGAGGUCCCUGCAAGGCCCCUUCCCAGGCUGGGGAGGGACCAAAAUGCCAUCAUAGUAGUAGGGACUGGAGCAUCUACAAAUACUGAAGGGGAUACACAGGCCUAACGUUAGCUACAAGGAAAAAGGAUGCCUUCCACGACAGACCCUUGAGGUUUCUGUGUCUGCUCAAGCGGCUGACAGUGACCCUUCCCCCCAGGGCCCACGAGGCCACCUGUUCUAGCUCUUGGUGUGGGUGUGGGACCUGCAGGGGCUCAGGGACAGGACAGCAGCAAGUGGCAGGGGCCGAGGACGGAGGGCCUUCCCGACAGCCGGGUGGGUUGUACAUUCAAGUGUGAGGUGAACCCUUUGGUGGGAGGGGGCCGAGGGGCUCCAGAGGCCCGGCCCCACCCCAUCCUGAAGACUCGGCAGGGCUGCCCCUCGCCACUGAGCCUCUGAGUCGGGGAGAGGGGCUGCUGGCUCGGCCCGGCCGGCCUGAUGUCUCGGAGGGUCUGUGGAUUGACACUGGUUCUUUUCGUAAAAAAAUAAAAUUAAAAAAAGCA